AUGGACUUAACUAAACACUGGGACACACCAAAUGUUGACAAAAUGCAGAUUAAAGGUUUUAUUGUUGACACACACUCGAGUUUGAGUCUCUUAGUUCACCGAAGAAUCCACACUGGAGAAAAACCAUAUCAUUGUCAAAUAUGUGGGGUAUCUUUCUCAGUUAAUUCUAGUCUUGUACGUCACGGAAAAAUUCACACUGGAGAAAAACAGUUCCACUGUGAAAGACACAAUCACAUUAAUAAAAAUGCAGAAGUAAAACCAUAUUGGUGUGGGAAAUUAUUCACAAUCCUAAAUCAUGUUAUAAGCAGAUAUGUACAUUUUAAAGUAGAGGUGAAAGGUUCUUUUUAUGUUUGUAUACUAUUGUACUAUUAA